AUGUUGCUGGAGUUUAAUCAACUCAAUAUUCUUCUGUCAUUUGCUCGUUCAUUCUCGAGAACUGAUGAUCCGGAUAAAUUAUUCUCGGGCAAUCAACGAUGUUCAUCAUUACUUAAUUUAUUCUUAAAACAAAUUCGAGAUCGUAUUGACCCGAACGUAAAACUCUACAUUGAUCAACGUUUAGAAAAUCUCGUCGUUGCUAUUGGUUAUUUAGCGAUUGAAUUGAGCGACAGAUGCAAAAUUCGAGCAGACAUCGUUAAAGUACUCCUUGAUUUCUACCAAAAACUCCCUACUGCCAGGUAUUAUGAAGCCGCAACAUUCACGUAUAAACAUACAUUACCUCCAGCGGAGGUAUUCAGUUUUUGUCUACACACGAUUCUAACAGAAUUAGCGGCAACAAGUGAAGAUGUCAAAUCAGGAAAUAAGAUUAUGUGUUAUGUUGCCGAUGUGAUUCGACAGUUUGUGGAAAGUCUACGAAUGGAUGCACAUAAACAUGUGAAAGAGCGAUUUGAAUUGAUCUAUCGAUAUGAUAUGCCAUUCCUACUUGGUGCAUUACGAGCAAUCGGAAGAAUAUCAUCGACUGAUCAAAGUUUGAUUUCUCAAUUGUUUCCAGUGAAUUUCAAUCCGUUAACGCAAUCUACACAUAUCGAACAAAGAGAAUCGACAACUAAUGUUGCAACGAAUGUUAAACAUAGCACAAUUGCUUUUCGUCCAAUUAUUCCCAAAGUGUUGUCCAAGAGUCUUCUUUCAUCAACGAAUGAUCAUAUCUCACAAAUGAUGCCAUCGAAUACCAGCCAAUUCUUGCUCACGGAUGAUCAACCAGAGAUUUCAUCAACAUAUCGAUCAAUUUCUUCAAUGGAUAGCAUCGAUCAACACAGCGUAGAUGAGAAUCUUCCAAUAAGUUCCAUAUUCUUCUCUAUUUCUGGUUCGACUUAUCGUCAUCGACAAAUGUCAUCGGGGUCAUAUGUAACUAAUAAUCGUUUUCGAAUUUGUUUACCCGCACCUGUCCUCGAACACCUACAUGAGACAUUGAAACUGAUCGACGAUCGAGUUGUGAAAUACUUAGAUAAAGUUGCUAUUGUUGAAUACGAUUUGAUUCAACGAUCAACGAACUACAAAGCAAAUACGAAACGUUAUUCGCCGUAUUCAUAUUUCGGUGAUAUACUUAUUUUAUGUAUCAUCAAGUUUUUUCGAGAUAAUCUGGAAAUUCUUGAUAAAUCAGCAGAACGUUUGACGACUGUUCGAAAAUCGACUUAUCUGUUUGUGCAACAACUAAUUAGUAUCAAGUUAUUAGAUUUAGCCAACGAAGAAUACGACAGAAACUCUUGUCGCUAUCGAACACGUGUUGAUGCUAGUGCAGCAGCUUUAGAAUUACUUUGUUUAGCAUGUGACGAAGAAAUAGAAGCAGAGAAAUUAUGUACGAAAUGUGCAGAGAAAUUCAGUCAAGAAACAAUCACUAUCAAACUAUUAUCCGCACAAAUGCCACUAUUAGUAACAUCAUUAGAAGUUUUGAGUCGAUUAGCGGAGAAAUACGAAUGUUUAUCAACGUAUACUAUUCGAGCAUUAUGUGAUUUUCUCAUCGAACCAUCGCCGAUACUUUUUAAAUUGUAUCGACAUACAAGUCAGAAGCUGGAUGGAGAAGAACGAAGUGCACUUUUCAAUGAAAAUCGAAAGAAUUCGAGAGAAUAUCGUGCAUUUCAUAUCUUUGAAAAAUUACGAGAUGCAGCAAUUGAAGGUUUAUGCAAGUCUCUACUCAUACGUUUAAAUUCCGAUCCAAAGUGUGUGGAAGCUCUAUUAACACAAUUCUCCGCACGACUUGCUUCUGGGCCUAUUGAUGAUAAUCCAAAUUGGAUGUUUAAUAUCGUACUGUUCGAUGCCGCACCAUUGAAACGUCGUUCCUCAUUACGACAUGACAUCGCGAAAGAAAAAUACGAAAAUUUGUUACGAACAUCGUUAGUAUCGCAUAAUACAGUUCUGACAUUGGGUCACAUGGCUGUUGCUCUGAAAAAUGUUCAGCAUACUCAACAAUCUAUUCUCGCUCGUUUUCAACAACGCAUCGGUGAUCCACCAUCACCUCUCGAUAUUCUCAUCAUCAAUCAAAUUGGCUGCAUGCUUAUUACUAGUCUCCCACAAGCAACUUACGAGGAAAUCAUUCGGCUUUUCACAGAAAUUAUUAUUGAUUCUACUUAUCCAUCAAAUGAUAGUUCGACUGUGUCUAUGCUCGUUGCUCCACACUUGGCCAAAUAUGUACAAGCUUCUAAUGCUGUGAUCAAUGCAUUAGCAAAUGUUGCUGCUAAUAUCCAAGGCUCAACAGAACUAAUGAAUUUGUUAUCAAGUACUCUCGAGUUAUUCGUUCAACUUGGUUUACGAGCAAAAGAUGCCAGUGAAAAGUCGACAAAGAACGCUCUUAAAAUUUCAAACACAGCCGGUAGUCUUGGAAUCUUGAUACCUGUCAUUGCUGUUAUCAUUAGACGAAUGCCGGUGAUCACCGAACCUUCCGAACGAGUGUUUCGUUUAUUCCAACGUUUUUGGUUUUACUGUAUUCUGUACGGUUUUGCUGAAUCAGAUAACAAUUUAUGGACAUCGGAAUGGUAUGACUGUGUGCGAUUAAUUGCGACUAAAUCACCAAUAUUGGUGGCACAACAUGUUUCGUAUGUUCCAUUGAAGUCUGCCAUGCCAUUGAAACCAGAACAAAUUACCAAAGAAGACAACAAUGCAUUGAAAUCAAAAUUGAACCGUAUAUUCUCAUCAUAUCCAAAUGCGAAAACUUUCAUUGAUGCAUUCGGAUUUGAACAAAGCUCUUAUACACUGUCAGUGUACUAUCUCGAAACAUUCAGAGUUCGAUAUGCAUUGACACCAUCAGCAUUACAAUGUAUAUUCACAUACCUCGAAGAUCCAGGUUUAAUCCGAGAUAAAUAUGGUUUAUGGACACUGAUGGUUGCCGUAGGAAGAAAAUGUUUGGCGUUAUAUGUUGAUGAAAUGAAAAAAAUGCCAAAGAGUCCGGAGCGAAAUAAAAAUCUCGAAACACAAUGCCAAUUCCUAAUGAUCAAACGAACACAUGUUCGCACGGAAGUUCGUGAAGAAGCUAAACUCUAUCUUCUAACGUUGUUAUCAAAGAAUGCAUUUCCACAUUUAUUCUGCAAUGCUCUUAUUAUUGAGACUUUGAUGAGUAUCAUCAACAUCCUAGCAUACUCAUUGAAUGAAGAUAAUCUACACAAAGUUACUGCACAUCAUCGAAUACCCGAAACCAAUUAUACAAUUCAAUUUGUUGACACCCACGAAAAACGAUUGGAACUUUUCAAUGAAUACGUAGAGUUCGGCCGUAUGUUCAUCGAACAGGCUUUAAUGAUAUCACCAACAUUAAUCAAAUCAUGUAUUCAACAAUACAUGUUGAAACUCGAACAAGGUAAACGAAAUUCCAACGCUGCGCGUCAGCAUCGAGGCUUACAUGUUAUGUGGGAAUAUCUCAGUAUGUAUUCGAAAUCCACUAAUGCUGAGGCGGCAGCAAAUGGAAAUAAGUUUUACUAUCGUGCUGAUUUUGCUGAUUACAUGGUAUCAUUAAGCGAACGAAAUGCUGCGGUUGGCUUCAUCGAAGGACUAAGUCGGAAUGAUUACCGAAGUGCAUUGAAACAAAUUAAAACCCAGAUGGAGAACGCGUUUAUCAAUCGAUUAAAUUCAGUGGAUAAGUUUCAAUCAUUGAAACAGCGUCGUCGGCGAAUGUCAGUUGUUGCACCUGUGAAUCAUAAAGAAGUCGUGCUUGAUUUUGAAGAACGCAUCGCGAUCUUCGAUAGUAACUUUCGGAAUGAACUUUUCAAACUAACAGCGAUGCUAAUUUAUAAUGCUGAUCAUGCAGAUGAUAAUGAAAAUGAAAUGACUUUUUCGAGUGUAGGUAGUCCAUUCUACAGAUACAAUGCUCCCAAAGAAAAUGCUCUCGACCGAGAGAUAGUACAUGUACUAGCAUGGCUUCCAGUGAAAAUGUUUACCACGUCGGUAAUGGAAGCAGCAGUCGAUUGUUGGUCAUGGGCAAUCGUUGCUCGACCCGAACUAGAAUUAUUGAUUGUCCAAGAGAUUUAUAAAGUCUGGCAGAAGAUUAUCAGUGACCGUCAAGGAUUAUAUUCAAUUGAUAAGCCAGAGGUAUCACCAUUGGCUCCAUCGGAAAAAGAAGAACUUAAAUCGAAACCACCAUCGACUAACCCACAUCGAAUAUUCUUCAAAUUCAUCGAGGAACGAAUGUAUCUGUGUAUGCACAAAUCUGAUGUAGAAAUGGAAAUGCUUGUUGAUCUUUUCCAUAAAUCACUUUACCUAAUCACGGAUCGGUCAAAAAUACCAAUGACGAGACAUAUUGAAGCUGUGGGCCUUCGGUUUCAAUUAUUAUAUUUGGUACUCUACAUCAUUCAGAGUGAUUAUCUAGCAAAUGGUAUUAGUAAAUCGUUGUUACGAGAGAAAGUUUACCAUACGGCAUUUGACUACUUCAUGGUUCGACAUCAUUAUCCGUCUCAAUCGUAUAAUGAAUUACGGAAUGAUAUUCGAAGAUUGAUUCGGUUUUUCUCAUUAGUUCAUGGAGAGAAGAAGUUUUGUGAUGAUUCAAUAUUAUCAAUUGAUAGUGGUAGUCCAUCGUUGAACCGACGUUUGCACAAUGGCACAAGUGAGAGCUCCUCACGAGCUGGAAUACCAUCGGGAUUAAUCAAUUCAUUAGCUGGUGGUGGUGGAGCUGCGGCUGGAGUCGGUGGUCAAUCUACAAUUACCCAUAUUUAUCGUGAAUCUUCUUUCCGAGGGUCCGCGAAGAAUACUGAAAAAAGCAAUGACGCUCGGACACUAUCGAAAGACUUGUUGAAAAAACGCAACCUUCUGCUCAUCUUGCUUGCUUGUGAAAUCGAACGUUUGGAAACAUUUCAUAAUCCACUAUUUCGUUCGAAUCUUCAAUUCGACCAGGAGAGACAGUCAACGUACACAAAUUGGAAAGUCUACGAUAUGAAUGGAACUUCCAACAAAGCAUGGCGAGAGUAUGGACGACUAGCUUGGCUUAUUUCGCCUGAUUUAGCCAUUAGCCUUUAUUACACAAUUCCUAAAGCAUCGUUACGAACUGAAAUUCAACAACUUGUGAAAGCAUUUCCAUUCCAAGUUCGUCAUAUACCCGAAGCAUUGAAUCUUUUUACAAGUACUUCGAAUCAGAAUGAUCGACAUUGUCAAACUUCACAUAUUCUCAUCUGGGCUCCAACCGAUCCUGUCGCAGCACUGUCCUAUUUUGCUAAUGCACGGCUCAACCAGAUAGCUAAUUCUUAUACAAUUCAAUAUGCUUCUCGUAUUCUCUAUACAACAAGACCAGAAGCGAUCAUUUUAUAUAUCCCACAAUUAGUUCAAGCAAUUCGUUACGAUGAAAUGGGCUUUGUUCGCCGUCUAAUCUUAGCUCUAUCUCGAAAAUCGAAUCUAUUAGCACAUCAGUUAAUCUGGAAUAUUCGAACCAACGUAUAUAAGAAUGAAACAACGCCUGAUGAUGAUAUGCUAGCUAAACUCAAACCUAUUGCCGAUCAAAUUCAAACUGCUUUUACUUCGAACGCUAGAGAAUUUUAUGAACGCGUCUUUGAAUUCUCAGAUAAACUCACCAAUGUCUCCGACAUCAUCAAAGUGUAUCCAAAAGGCGCAGAACGGAAAGCUGCUUGCUUGAAAGCAUUGAUGGAUCUCGGUAGUGAUGUGAAACCCGGUGUUUAUCUGCCGUCGAAUCCCGAAGCUGUUGUGAUCUCAUUAGCGCCCGAAACUGGAACACCGAUGCAAAGUGCGGCGAAAGCGCCUUAUCGAGCAGCAUUUCGCGUACAAAAUGUUGGAAUUGAACAAGUUGAACACUGUGCGGAUUCUGACUACGAAUUUAUUCCUGAUUCGAAUAAUCAGUACUCUCAAAUGGCUAUUUUUAAAGUUGGAGAUGAUGUCCGACAAGAUAUGUUGGCCUUGCAACUAAUGCGUUUAUUUCAGAAUAUUUUUGAACAGGAGGGUCUAGAAUUGUACUUGUAUACUUAUCGAGUGAUUGCAACAAGUCCUGGCUGUGGUGUUAUCGAAUGUGUACCGAAUUCUCGUUCGCGUGAAGAUAUUGGAAGAAACACCGAAGUGGGUUUAUUUGAAUAUUUUCGACAUGUAUAUGGUAAAGAUGAUUCGAUCAAAUUUCAAAAAGCACGACGAAAUUUUGUCAUCAGUAUGGCAGCUUAUUCGAUUGCUGUUUUCCUACUCCAGAUAAAAGAUCGUCACAAUGGAAAUAUUAUGAUUGAUGAUGAAGGACACAUUAUUCAUAUUGAUUUUGGCUUCAUGUUCGAGUCAUCACCAGGUGGAAACAUGAGAUUCGAACCGGAUAUUAAACUGACCGCAGAAAUGAUUCUCAUUAUGGGUGAUUUAAAUGCACCUGGAUUUCUCUGGUUUAAAGAAUUAUGUAUCAAAGGUUAUUUAGCAUUGAGACCUUAUCGGCAACAUUUCAUAACUCUCGUAGCAUUGAUGCUUGACACUGGUUUACCAUGUUUUCGCGGUAAUACUCUGAAAGAAUUGAAUGCUCGUUUUAAACCUGACGCCACUGAAACUGAAGCUGCACAUUUCAUGGAAGAAGUGAUUAAUCGUUGUGCACAUAGUUUACGAACCCGUAUUUAUGAUUAUAUACAAUAUCAACAAAAUUCGAUUCCCUAUUGA